AUGGUGUUCCGCAACGUGGGUCGGCCGCCGGAGGAGGAGGACGCGGAGGCGGCCCAGGAGCCGGGACCCUCGGAACUGCUGUGUCCCCGGCACCGCUGUGCCCUGGACCCCAAGGCCCUGCCGCCGGGGUUGGCGCUAGAGCGGACCUGGGGCCCGGCGGCUGGACUGGAGGCGCAGUUGGCCGCUCUGGGGCUCGGGCAGCCGGCGGGGCCGGGGGUCAAGAUGGUCGGUGGGGGUUGCUGCCCGUGCCCGUGUCCCCCGCAGCCGCUCCCUCCGCAGCCCCAGCCGCCUGCUGCCGCCCCGCAGGCCGGGGAGGACCCCACGGAAACGAGCGACGCGCUGCUGGUCCUGGAGGGCUUGGAGUCGGAGGCAGAGAGCCUGGAGACUAACAGCUGCUCGGAAGAGGAGCUCAGCAGCCCGGGCCGCGGAGGAGGAGGAGGGGGCGGCCGGCUUCUACUGCAGCCCCCCGGUUCUGAAUUACCCCCGGUGCCCUUCCCGAUGCAGGACUUGGUCCCUCCCGGGCGCUUGAGUCGAGGGGAGCAGCUGCAGCAGCCUCCCCCGCCGCCGCCUCCUCCUGGGCCCCUCCGGCCACUCGCCGGCCUUUCUCGGAAGGGCUCCCUCAAAAUCCGCCUCAGUCGCCUCUUUCGCACGAAGAGCUGCAACGGUGGCUCUGGCGGUGGGGAUGGGGCCGGCAAGAGGCCUUCUGGAGAGCUGGCUGCUUCAGCUGCGAGCCUGACAGACAUGGGCGGCUCUGCGGGCCGGGAGCUGGACCCGGGGAGGAAACCCAGGUUGACAAGAACUCAAAGUGCCUUUUCUCCAGUCUCCUUCAGCCCGCUAUUCACAGGUGAAACAGUGUCACUGGUGGACGUGGACAUCUCCCAGCGGGGCCUGACCUCUCCACACCCUCCAACUCCCCCUCCUCCUCCAAGAAGAAGCCUCAGCCUCCUAGAUGAUAUCAGUGGGACGCUGCCUACAUCUGUCCUUGUGGCUCCGAUGGGGUCUUCCCUGCAGUCUUUCCCCCUACCUCCGCCUCCUCCACCCCAUGCCCCAGACGCGUUUCCCCGGAUUGCUCCCAUCCGAGCUGCUGAGUCCCUGCACAGCCAGCCCCCGCAGCACCUCCAGUGUCCCCUCUACCGGCCUGACUCGAGCAGCUUUGCGGCUAGCCUGCGAGAGCUGGAGAAGUGUGGUUGGUAUUGGGGGCCGAUGAACUGGGAAGAUGCAGAGAUGAAGCUGAAAGGCAAGCCUGAUGGUUCUUUCCUGGUACGAGACAGCUCCGAUCCUCGUUAUAUCCUGAGCCUCAGUUUCCGAUCACAGGGUAUCACUCACCACACCAGAAUGGAGCACUACAGAGGAACCUUCAGCCUGUGGUGUCAUCCCAAGUUUGAGGAUCGCUGUCAAUCAGUGGUGGAGUUCAUUAAGAGGGCCAUCAUGCACUCCAAGAAUGGGAAGUUUCUCUAUUUCUUGAGAUCCAGGGUUCCAGGACUGCCACCAACUCCAGUCCAGUUGCUCUAUCCAGUGUCCCGAUUCAGCAAUGUCAAAUCCCUCCAGCACCUUUGCCGAUUCCGAAUCCGACAGCUCGUCCGGAUUGAUCACAUCCCGGAUCUCCCACUGCCUAAGCCUCUGAUCUCUUAUAUCCGAAAGUUCUACUACUAUGAUCCUCAGGAAGAGGUAUACCUGUCUCUAAAGGAAGCGCAGCUCAUUUCCAAACAGAAGCAAGAGGUGUUGGAACCCUCCACGUAGCGAGGGGCCCCCUGCUGGUCACCACCAAGGGCAUUUGGUUGCCAAGCUCCAGUUUCAAAGAACCAAAUGAAGCUACCAUGAAAAGGAGAGUGAGGAAAACAGGAGGGAGUAGGAAGGAUUGGGAUCCUCUGUGCAAGAGACUGGUUCACCUCACCACCCUGGGGCUUGGAUGAAGCACAGCAGCGGACUCUGAGCAGGGCGCCACCAUGUCACAUCCAGCCCUGUGUUCCUGGAGCUGGAUGAACUGCCCGGAAAACAGGAAGAAGUCUCAACACUGUUCCUUUUUCAGAAGUUUUGUUUUGUAUAUUUGCAUAUCUCGGUAUAGACUCACCCUAAAGGCACCUGGGGUUUGUGCCCAUUGGAUUGGAAGUGGUGCCGAGGGUGAGCAGGUCUGGGGAAGGGAAGAAGAGGAGAUCGGGUUGCCAGUGAUGGUCAUUCAGCUGGUGCCAAAGGCAGAAUUCCAGUCUUCACAUUGACCUUGAAGAGGGGAAAGAAGGAGACAGGGUGCAGAUCAAGUUGGGAGUUGCUGAUUGAGGAGAACCUGCUUCUCUGUAAGCAUGGGUAGCUUUAGCAGGAAAGAAAGGAGGGUGGAUAGUCUCAAAUAGAAGAUGCUGGACAAAACCUGGCACAUGGCCCUACUGGGGAAGUAGUGACUCCUCAUAUACCUUCCUUCUGAGGUUUAGGAACCUAAUUUCAGAAUCACCUCUCAUAGAAGCUGUAUUCGUUCUGUUUUACUGAAUUCUGUGACUUCACGUUAGCCCUGUUCUCCCCUCAACCCCUUCCCUCGUGAUAACUUCAUUUCACUCUGGUCGUGGUAACAUCAUUCCUACUGCUUCUCCCAGCUGUCAGGCAGUAGUCUUUUCAUCACCUGAGCAGUUCAAAGCUGCAGUCCCGGGCUGCUGCCGUUAAUGGAGCGUGCUUCCAGAUUCUUAAUGGCAAACGGUACCCAUGACUGAGGAGUCAGUGUUCCUCACCUCCAUAUGUCUGUCAGCUAGUAAGAGGGAAUGUGGAGGAAGGUGAGAAAGGAAACUACUGUGCUCUUCCUAGAGAAAGCUCCCUCAUGGCUCAGCUUUAAUGGGAUGUUUGAGAUCAGUGAGGAGGGAGGAGAGCAUUACAGCUCAUCUUCUUAGGUUGGUCUGAAACAGGAGGUAGCAAAGGCUUCUUUAUUUUCCUGAGUUCUUUCUAGCAACUCAGACAUCUUCCUGAGUAAUAUCUUGUUUGCUCUCCUUUCAUUGGGAAGUCUGUCAGAUGCUGAUUUGAGAGUUGCCUCUUUUCCAGAUGGAAGUAGAGGAAGAGGGAGAAAAAUUCCAGUGCUUUUCUGAACUGGGUCAUUGUCAAAUCACAUAGCAUUAUGAGUUUGCUUUUAUGUAGAGUUACUCUGGGAAGAGGUUUGUUAUUAAGAUGUGAAAAUUGAGCUGUUUGAUCUUUAUUACUCUUGCAGUAAGUGUUCCAGUAGACUGCCUCUUUUGGUUCCCCUGUGUUUAUAUCUGCCUCAUCUAGUGAGAUAAAUAAUGUCAGGUUUGUGGUUUCCUGAUGGUUUAGGGUGAGGCCCCAGUGUUCUGGUAAUUUAUAGGACUGCCUCACUCGGAAACAUUGACCUUCUGCCUUAUGUCCUGCGUGGAAUGACCGUUCCUCCUCCUUUUAGCUGAAUAGGGUAGAAACUUGCAUUGUUACCUGGCUGUCAAGAGGUAACCCACAAACUGAGCUUUGUAGCAUAAACACAGCACACCUCUGCUUUGUUGUGUGGUGCCUCUUCUCUCUGGCUGUCGUGGUAGUAUUACCAACCAGUUAAGAUAGUGAUCCCAGGAAUUGGCUUAACCAGUGGGUCUUACCUCUUGAAGGUGAAAAUUAACUUGCCAUCUUGCAGAAAGUGCCACCCACCAAAAGCCUACUGACUGGAAUCUACUGAGAUCCUCAAGUGGCUGUUUUGCAGCUACCUGAAAUCUUUUCUUUAAAAAUUACGUUUUAGGGUGCACUUGCCUGGCCCUAGGCUAGCUACUGUGGAAAACACAAGAGGUGGAAGACAUUAUCUGGCCUAAGGAAACUUUUAGGUGAUGGCCACAUUUGGAGAAUGACUCAGCGUGGCAGAGCAGAAUCAAGGGCUGGCUCUUAAGUUCAGAGUGGGUAAGAUCAUGGUAGACCAGAUGGUCUAGGAAAGCUCUGGGGCUGUGAGACUUUGUUUUUUAGGUGAGGGGAGGACACUGAGAAAUGCAGGAACAAGAGCACAGAUGCAGAUAUCUGCACAGUGUGUACUGAACAGUGCACAGCCCCAAGUUAGAACAGCGGCAUCAAAGAAUCCUUUUUCUGUGCUGUGGUGUAGACCAAAAUUUCCUGGUCAUCAGGUAGAUGUGAAUGCUGAGGGGUUAUGGUGGCAAGGUGGAGCCCAGAGCCAGAAGUCAGCCAGGGGCCCCUGCCCCUGCCCGCGGCUGGGGCUUCACUGCUCUCAGCACAGCCAGAGGGAAGGAGGCACAGCCCUGGACCCCUUGUGGUACCAGCGGUUUCCACUGGAGAAUCUAUACUCUCAGGUACAAGUCCAAACCAGCUGAGGAGGCGUGACUCACCCUCAACCAUCAUCCUUUCUCCUCCCAGGAAGGGUAGUGUUGACUGUGUCUAUGAUCUGUCUGUGCGUGGGUCACAGCCCAGGCUAUACCCUACUUCUUCCUCAGUAGAGUGGCUACAGAACAGAAUUGUGCCAGAGGAGACAGGUUCCAUCCAGAGGUGAGGAGGAAGGCACCAGCCCGGUCAGUCAACAGAGGGAGUGGGAGCAGCUGGCUGUCGUCAGCACCUCCCCUUCACCCGCCGGCAGUACCCCCGUCCCGCUACCAGUUCUGUGUAGUGCUAAUUGAAAAGCAGUCUUCAGAAGGAACUCAUUCCUUUUUGGUGGUGGUUGUAUUUUCAAGUCACAGACUGGAAAAGGUUCUCACUUUUAGGGACCCGUCAUUGGUUGUGGCUAGGUGAUGUCAGUACCUCGGAUCUGCCUGUUUAACCUUCUCUUGUUUAUGACUGAUCUACUGUAACCUUCCUCAGGACAGGUGUGAACCACUGUGAGCUAGUGACAGUUACUGCUACAACUUGCUAUUACUUGAAACUCAUGUGCUGUGGUCACACAGGAGUGAGGAGGUAUGGGGUCUUUGGUGCGGGACUAGAUAAAUAGGUGACGACUAGGUCAUAGGGACAGUUGGCGAUGACCUUGGCCUGGUUGCCUGCCUGUGCCUAGAUACAGUGAGUGUGACACCCUGGAAAGCCAGCCCUGGGUGGCAGCUCCCAGCCUCAUGAGGGCAGAGUCGUGGUGGGGAGCCCGUCACCAUAGUUUCUUCUGCUUUCAUGCUUGUCCCUGGGGCUGAUUCCACAAGCCCCUUAUUAAGGUUGGGAGUGACGUGGGGAUGGCCACAGAACCCCUACGCUUCCAGCAAGAACUGGCGAGAGACAGGGUGGUUAGUGUUCCCAGAUCCAGGGAUGAGAGACUACGGCAAUGCUGGGUGCCAGCCUUGAAGCCCUCACCCCAGGACCCAGAAGAACAUGGCCUGCUUGAAACCCUUGACCCUGGUAGGAAAUGGCGAUUGGAGGAACUUGCCCCCUUGGUUAGAUUCCCCACUGCCCUACCGCCUCUCCCUAGGGGUUGAGCCCUGAAGUUAGAGGCCUCAGCACUGGGACGUACAGCUCCAUGGCUGCUGGGAGGAGGUCUGAAAGUCUGUGUGCAUGUGUGUGUGUGUCUUUAUUUGCAGAAGUCUUGCCACUAAUGGUGUGGAGAGCAUCUCCACUGAGGGGAGACCUGCUGUUUGUUGUCCACUUCUAAGAGAAUGACAUGCCCCUGUCCCUAAGGAAGGAGCUUUUGAGUUAGACAUUUUCCCUAUGGGAAUCCUCUUGGUUUGGUUCAUGGGAAAGGGGGAAGUGGAGAAGUGAUUUUUAGCUCUUAAUUGUCCACACAGCUGUUCUUACACGGAAUUUGUGCUAUUGCAUACAUGGAGCCAUCUUUCUUUUCACUGCAGCAGUGUUUAUCAGUAGUUCAAAAUGAUUUAUUUGCUCCUGGGGAGUAAAACCUUUUUUAUUAAAAAAGAAAAAGAAAAAAAAAAGUGUGUCCCCCCUCCCCCCGUGAUAGCUAUAGGAUUAUUGGGCCACACAGCUCAAGAAGGCAAAGUCAAGUCUGCCAGUCCCUGUGAUCUAUCCUGUUUUGACAUUGAAGUCUUCAUGCUCAGCACAAAAUGGCAGGAGGCCUUGAGAGGAUAAGAGUGAAGCCUUGGGAGGUGUGAGGUGAGAGUUGGAGCAUAGAGACAGAGGCACUGGGGACUUAGAUGCUGCAGUUAGAAAAAUAGAGUAAGGAACUGUAUUUAAAUGAUCGAUUCUCUAAUCUGCCAGGGAAAGACCUUUUUUUACAUGCAGAUUCCAUAUUGUCUUUGUCCUUUUCAUGCUUCUUGACCUUCCUGGUAGGUGCCCCUGAAUUCUUCCUGUUUCCCAUCUCUGCCCCUUCUCCCAUUCCUUCCCACUCGGGUCCCCCUCCCAGGAAGCCAGUCCUACAUGCUGAGUCUGUGACAUGCCUCCACGCCCAUUUCAUCUUCUCAGGAGGGUACCUGGCAUUGCUUCCUCCCCCCUCCUACCCCCUCUUUCAAAAUGCUGAGAGGGGCAGGCAAACAGCAGCCAGUCAGGGCAGUGGAAGACCUGAAUGUCUGCUCGCAGCUGGACUGCGAUCCUAGUUGCUCCUGGAGAUGGAGUGUAAUUGAAGUUAGGACACUUCUGAUCAGAACCCAGGAGAUCACAAACCACACAGCCCCGCACCGAGCUGCAUCCUAAGCCCCCUACUCAGCUCAGGUGGAGCGGGAAGGCUGGUCUGACCACUCCAUCCCUGGUGCUCCCUUGAACAGGGCCCUGCCCCUCACUGUCAGGCCCAGACCCUUCUCCAAGGGACAAGUGUAAUCCAGGCACCGCUCUGGGGGCAGGCCCGUUGGAAUGCCCGAACUGGUGCUGCUUGUGGCACAGCCACUGCUGUACAUUUUCUGGUUGUUUAUAAGGAACUCAACGAAGAGGGGUGUCAGUCUGGGCUCGGGGUGGUUGCCAGUUCUUCACCAGAGGGGAGCCACAUCCCCCUGCAACCACUUCGUCCUCUCCUGCCACCCCACCCUCCUCCAAGCCAAAGCGUGGCCUGGCUUUUGUCUUCCCACUUAGUUUUUCUCCUUUCCUCAACCUUUUUGUGCUUAAUUUAUUAAAAUAUUUGCUGUAUAAUUUAUUUUCAUAAACUAUAAAAAAUUACUAAAUGGUUAAAAUAGACUUGCAGGCCAAUCUUAAAUGGGGUGGGAGGGUCUGAGGGUGGGGUGGGGAAAGGGAAAGAUGUUUUGAUAUAAACAAAGCAAAUGCACUUUGGAUGUGUUUUGGUAUUUUUCUGGGGAUAGAUGGGGGGUGUUGGGAUGUCCCUGUAGAUUAGUUCCAGAAUGGGGUGUCUGUAUAUACUGUAUUAAUAGGCAUGUUUGACUCUUGUAAAGGGACAUUAGUAGCUGCUGCAGGUCCUGUUUGGAAAACCCAUGUAUAAUUCCCGGUUUUUUGUAAAGUGUCAGUGCGGGAGACAUUUGACUCUUGUGUUUGUAUCUCCUUUUUAUGAUUGCUGUACUGACCCAUGUCUUUUUGCGGAAGGGGUGAAAAGAGAUUUGAAAUAAAAAUGUUUAGAAAUUA